AUGUCCAGCAUUGGCUCUGACCUCCCCUGUGUUGCCUCUGCAGAAGUCGCUGAUCCCUCCAGCAUCAAGGCAGCUGCAGCCAAGGUUGGGGAGCACCUGGGGGGCUCUGGGCUGAACCUCCUCAUCAACAACGCUGGAAUUGCAAGGCCAAAAUCCCUUGAUAAUGAGACACUGGAGAGUAUGAGCGAGGUUUACACCACGAACACGAUUGGGCCCAUGUUGAUGGGCCAGGCAUUCCUGCCCUUGCUGAAGAAGGCUGCCCAGGAGAGCCCAGGCUCAGGGCUGAGCUGCAGCAAGGCUGCAGUAAUCAACAUGUCCAGCUAUGCAGGCUCCAUCGAGGAUAUGUAUGUAUGGGAUUUUGGACAAGUUGUCUCAUACCGGUGCAGCAAGGCUGCUCUGAACAUGCUGAGCAAGUGCCAGUCCCUGGCAUACAAGGAGCACGGCAUCCUCUGCAUCGCUCUCCACCCCGGCUGGGUGCAAACCGACAUGGGGGGUGCAGGAUCAUUUAAGCCUCCCCUGACAGUGGAUGACAGCGUACAAGGGAUGCUGAAGGUGCUGUCCUCCAUCUCUGAGAAGGAGACUGGCUCCUUCCUGGACUGGGAAGGGAAGGUCAUACCCUGGUGAGAUGCUGAUUCAGGAUUCUGACUGUGAGGACCUUUGCUACUGCACCAUGUUGUGCCUGUCCCUUAGUAAAUGACUGUUCACAAACAAUAA